UUAAUCACAGUGAACUUUCCUACAAUAACCUUCCGCUGAAAGGCGUAGUCCUUUAGAUCUCUUUUAUUUUGAAGAGAACAAUAUGAACUGUUGACCAACGAACUAACAUAUGCGGCUGUUACAUCAAUUUAGGUCGUUAUAUCUUACAUGUUUUAUUGUCCUAUGAGCAAAUAGGUUGUCUUUCUAUAGGCGUUUGAAAUCGGACACCGCUGGCGUUGGGGCCCUCAUUUCAUGCGUAGGGAUACGUUGUUGCUUCUGACAAUGUGGACGGAGGUGGUUAAGAUGUCUACUAGAAGAAUGAAAUCAUCUUAAUUGUAACAACAAAAAGGAAGACGUGAGAUUAAUAACUAUAUAUUGUUUGGAUUCGGACUGGUUACAUUGUACUAAUGAUGUGGGUAGUGUAACAGAGCAAGGUUCAAGAGGAAUAAGGAAGACAUCUACAACGAUCCAAUGUGUUUCACGCGCUGAGGUUGAAAUUCUCUUGAAGUUUUAUGUUUUUUCCCCCUGCGAUACUCAGCCUUUCUUUUUACUGUUGGAUGCCAGACAUUUGAAGAUUGACGGGUUGUUAGAGACUGAGGGGCAUGAACGAGCAGCCGCAGCAGAGAAUGGCUGCAGUGGGAACACAAGACAAGGAACUCAACGACCUCCUGGAUUUCAGUGCGAUGUUUGCACCACCUGUGGCUAAUGGGAAGAACAGACCGACGACACUCGCUAGCAGUCAGUUUGGUGGAUCAGCUCUGGAUGAGCGCAGUAGCUCUGGAUCCUGGGGCCCUGGAGAACAGAACAGCCCCUCCUUCAACCAGGGACGGGGCUACGGAGAUGGCUCCCACUACAAUGAGCAUGAGGGCCUGUCAUCUCCCUUCCUCAGUUCAGGAAUCGGAGGUAAAAAUGAGAGGGUACCAUACUCUUCGUUUGGAGGCCAGCCUGGCUUCCUACCCAGUGACAUCGCCAUGCCCAGUCCAGAUGCCAUGUCUCCCUCUGGGCUAAAGUCUGCCUCACAGUUCUACCCCGGAUCGUACCCCAACAACCCCAGGAGGAGGCCUCCCGAUGGCCAGCUAGACACCCAACCGAAGAAGAUCCGGAAACCCCCUGGCCUGCCUUCCUCGGUGUAUGCCUCUUCCUCCGGGGAUGAGUAUGCCCGUGACAACGGAGGAUAUCCUGGCACCAAACCUGGCUCUGUCUACCCAGGCUCUUUUUACAUGCAAGAGGGACUCCACCCCUCCUCUGACCCUUGGGCCUCAUCAGGACCUUUGGGUCAGUCUGGCUACUCUGCCAUGCUGGGGAACUCUCCCCACAUCGGACAGCCCGGAUCCUUCUCUGCCAUCAACCCACAGGACAGGAUGGUGAGGACAACACCACGCUAUAAGCGUCAACCCCUGCCUCUGUCCCCACAGAACUACCCUCUCCACGGCAGUGAGGUGAACGGCAGUCUCCCGCCCGGCUUCCACUCUGGCUCUGGGAGCUACAACCACACAUCCUCCAUCAACGGCGCAGACAGCAUCAUGGCCAAUAGAGGCACUACUGCAGGGAGCUCAGGGGAUGAGAUUGGGAAGGCUCUUGCUUCAAUCUACCCCUCGGACCACAACAGUAACAACUUCUCCUCCACACCCUCCACCCCAGUGGGCUCGCCCCAGGGAAUUGCAGGAGCUGCAUCUCAAUGGCCAAGACCUUCAGGGCAGUCUGCCCUGUCACCCAACUACGAAGGGCAACUGCAUGCCCUGCAGAACAAAAUGGAGGACCGCCUGGAGGAGGCCAUCCACGUGCUGCGUAGCCACGCUGUCCAAGGCCCGCCCGGCCUGGGAGGAGGAGCCCACUCUGACAUGCACAGCCUGCUGAGCGCUGUGUCCUCUGUACACAACGGUGGCCUGGGAGGUCUCUCUCAGGCCUUCUCCAAUGCUGGCCUUGCCCUCAGCAACAGACACCCUACCUUGGGAGGGAACCACCAGGAGGAGCCCACAGGCCUUCCUCCCAGCAGUACCCUGCUGCACGGUCACCACGCCUCCGGACCCCCUCAGCCCACUGGACAACCAGAGGGCUUCACCAGUCUGCCAGGAAGUGUGGCCCGCUCCACACACUCGUCCAGCGGCUCGGACAUCAAGAGGGAGGACAAGGAGGACGACGAGAACUCCUCCAUCGCUGACAAGUCUGAGGACGAGAAGAAAGAAACCAAACGCAUCAGAGCAAGAAAGGAGGCGUUGACCCUCCAGAUCCUCUCUGGCCUCUCAGGCCUGUCAGACCCGGGAGAUGAUCAAGAGGAUGAGGAUGACGAGGACCUUCCUCCUGAGGUAAAGGUAGAGCGUGAGAAAGAGCGGCGAGUGGCCAACAACGCCCGCGAGCGGCUGCGAGUGCGAGACAUCAACGAGGCUUUCAAGGAGCUGGGCCGCAUGUGCCAGCUGCACCUCAGCAACGACAAACCUCAGACCAAACUGCUCAUCCUGCAUCAAGCCGUCAACGUCAUUCUCAACCUGGAGCAGCAAGUCAGAGAACGCAACCUGAACCCUAAAGCAGCAUGUCUGAAGCGGCGGGAGGAGGAGAAAGUCUCUGGGGUGGUGGGGGAGUCCCCCAUGCAGCUCUCAGGAGGCCACCCCGGCAUGGGUGGAGAUGGCCAUAACCCAGUCAGCCAUAUGUAAUACCAGAUCUGGUGGAAUUCCCUUGGCUCUCGGAAGAUGUGGCCUUGAUCUCUUCUUCCACCCAUUCUUCUCAGUGUGUACAUAUACUGAUGUGUCUGUGUAUUGUCAAAUUCAGUUUCAAGACACACAUUCACACACCCUUAUCCACACAUGCAUACUGCCAAAACUGACACAGCCAAUUUGCAGCACUCCUGACCAUGACUACCAGCGCAAAUGUGAAGAACCUUGUACUUUUUUUUUUUUUGAAUAUACAUAUAUUUUUUGCUUCCGUGACAUGAUGGAUAACCGGAGUACUAGUGUCCAGCCACAAAUGGGACUUAAAACACUGCCGAGAGGUGCUCUGUGAAAGACAGAAGCCUAACAAACUACAAAUUUACAAAAGGAUUUGUGCCUAAUUGUUACAUGUUUUAUGAGACAUUUAAGCAAAUGUGUGGAACGUUUUGUUUAGGGGUUGCUUGUAUGUAUGAGCAAGUGUAGAUUUGUCAUUCCCAACUUAAUGGUACAGUCUUACAUAUGUUAUGUAACCAAAUCCAUGUGAUAGAGAGGGCAGUUGACCUGCAUCGUGGGACAGAGUUGCAGUCCCACCCCAGCUCUGUGGGCCCUGGGCCCAACAUGAGACGAGGCAGAAGGGGGAGGAACCUCACCUGCCUAGUUGUCAUGUUCAGUGUUGUAGAAGGCUUUUUUUUUUUUAGAAGGCUCCAAGGCUUUUCUUCCCUGCCAUAAACAAAAUAAUAGUAUUUCAGACUCCAGUAUUGCUCCAGCAUCCCCUCGGUGUAGGUUAAUUGGGAGACACCGGUUUACCUGGCAUGGGGUAGAAAAGCAGUUUAUCAGCACAAAAGAAACAGUAAUUGUUCAUCCUGCGUCUAACCCCCACCCAUUGGUUACUAUUGAUGCCAUCAGAAACUAGAGAAGCUUUCUGGAAAGCUUGUGGUGCUAACCAGCCACUUUGUUCCAUCUAGUCAUGAGACUGGAGGCUUGGUUUGGAAUACUCUGAUGGGCAUCUUAUGGCCAUAUUGUGUAGUGCCACCCUUUGAGUUUCAAAUCAAUUGACCCUGAACUUAUGCCCCAUGCAUUGUUAUUCUUAAAAAACUAACACUAGGCGCCAAUGUGCAUAUGCAGGUUCAACCAGUGAUACCCUUAAUGGAAUGAAAUAUCCUCUUAAUACCAGACAAGCAAUUUAUUAGAAGUUCAGUUGUCUAUUCUUAAAAUUGAAGCUUUGAGCAUUCCCAUUGAACUACACUACAUGGCCAAAAGUGUGUGGAUUCGGUUAUUUCAGCCACCCGUUACUGACAUAUAUAAAUCGAGCACACAACCAUGCAAUCUCCAUAGACAAACAUUGGCAGUAGAAUAGCCUUACUGAAAUGCUCAGUGACUUUCAACGUGGCACUGUCAUAGGAUGACACGUUUCCAACAAGUCAGUUCAUCAAAGUUCUGCCCUGGUAGAACUGCCCCGGUCAACUGUAAGGGCUGUUAUUGUGAAGGGGAAACGUCUAGGAGCAACAAAGGCUCAGCUGCGAAGUGGUAGGCCACAUAUGCUCAUCUGUCCUCGGUUGCAACACUGACUACCGAGUUCCAAACUCCGGAAGCAACGUCAGCACAAAAACUGUUCAUCGGGAGCUUCAUUAAAUGGGUUUCCAUGGCCAAGCAGCCACACACAAGCCUAAGAUCAUGUACAAUGCCAAGCGUCGGCUGGAGUGGUGUAAAGCUCGCCGCCAUUGGACUGGAGCAAUGGAAACGUAUUCUCUGGAGUGAUGACUCAUGCCCAUGAUUUUGGAAUUAAAUGUUCGUUGAGCAGGUGUCCACAUACUUUUGGCGAUGUAGUGUAGUAAGAGCUCACUCAUGCUGUGAAGUCUUGACUAUAUUAUUAAAAUGUUAAUGCUUAAUGAGACAAUCUGAUUUGUAAAUCCACCUCAAGCAUACAUUCAUCUAAGGAUAUUGUUUCAAAUGGAGCAAAAUUAAAUGCAUAUAAAUAUAUAUUUGUCUAUACAUUGUAGAUUUUAAAUCCAUGACAAUAUUAGUUUGAAGUUUAGAGUGUAUCGUAGUUGAGCAGAAUGAAGAGCUGAUAUUUAAUCUUAAUGUAUUUUCAAAAUGAACUCAAAUUGGACUGUCAGAUUUGCCAUUGGAGAGGAAAGCUUAACUUAAACAAGAACACAGGCUCAGAAAGAGAAACGAAGACCGAUGGGGUCAGUUGUAGGCUUAAUUAUCAUUAUGUAUUUAGUGGCCAUUAAGCUGUCAGUCUUUGGUGCAUUCCAUUUUGAUGAGAUUGCAACAUUUGACUAAGGGGUAUAGUGGCCUAAAAUAUUGAUAUUGUUUCUGUUUUUUUUAUAUAUAUAUAUAGAGGAAGGAAGUUUUUUUUGUCCAUUACCCAGAUUCAUUAUUUCUUUUCAAAUGGGAAUGUGUGGAUGGAAUUUAUGCCACUGACUGUCCUAUUGAAGUGUUCUUACUGAAUGGUCAUGUGGCUUCACAAAGCAAAGUCUAUGAAGACGGGCACUGUCUCGAACAGUAAUUAUGCAACUGGUUUUGAAUGUAACAUUCAAAUGUGGAUUGCCUUCAUUUUCAAGUACAUAUCCAGGUUUUGUAUGUCGGUUCAAUGUUAUUAUUUUCUCUUCAUUUCAAACGUUCCAUUCUAUUCUCUGCAUUCGUCCAUGUGGUUGUCAAUGUGCAGCUACAUUGUCCUGACAUGUUAUUUUGGAGUUUGUGUUUGGAUGGUCUGAAAAAACAAGUGUUAAUUCCUGUUGUAAGUUAAUAUCAUGGCUUCAGACAUGGUAUAGCACCGACCUCUAACCACAGAGGCAGAAAUGUACAUUGUUACUUGUUGGUCAUAGUAUUGAGAAGGAUUUAAGUUUACUUUGUAGAAAGUGAGGAAAAGAAAAAGACCGUUUCAAAUCAAUAGUGUGGCCUUUUCAUUCUCAAGACUAAAGAUGUCAUUACUGGAGAGUGAUGCCUUAUCAGUGCCUGAACUUGUAUUUUCAUUAACUAUAAAGACAGUUCUUUUUUAAACCAUAACAUUUCAUGUAUCGCCAAGAUUAGAGGUACAUCGGAUGAACCACCCCAUCCCCCCCUUUUCACUUUUCAGGAAGAAGUUGAAAAUUUAAAAAAAUAAAAUAUUCUAUGUAUCUAGUUAAAUAAACAUUUUAACUUUUAUGUAGAUCUCUUGUUAUUUUUAUUUUUUUAUUCAACUGGAUUUGACCAUACUACUGUUAAGUUGUGGCUGUAGGUUCAAGUCCUUGUUUUGUUUGUCUGUUCGCCCCCCUAUUGAUAAACCACUCGACACUACUGGGUUCUAAGAGAUGAUGGGUUCUACCCUUGUGAUCUGCUUUUCGAAGCAUCCUCAAACUGUCUAUAUAUAUAUAUAUAUAUAUAUAUGGCUUCAGCUUUGAAGUGGGGGGCUGUGUUAUUUUGAGCCAUGACAACUGGAGCUUUUUGUCACUAGAACUACCAUUUCUGUGUAAAAGAGUAAGUCUCCUCCAUUUACUUUGAGAUCUCUUUUUUCUGAUAUCAUUCUCCUUAUUGACUUUGACAGUGACUUAUUGUAAGGGGUAUUGAUGUACCUCUUCAGAGUUGAUUUUGAAGAUUUGUUUCUCUACUAUUACAAGGUGAAAUAUGUGUAGGCCUACUAAAUAUUGCGGAUUUGUUCUGAGAAUUUUUUUUACUGAUCUGAUGUCAUUGCGUAUUCUGUGAACGUCCCACAAUGACAAAAUGUACAACCUGUAUUCUGAGUUGUUGGAUAGGGGGAAAGAUGGAGGGUCUUUUCUGUGUCUCGACCUGAAUAUUGACACAGGCCCUGUUUGAAUACUUAGACAUGCGUCCAUCCGUCCUCGCUUAAUGACAUGACUGGAUAGUGUGAGUUGUAUUGUCAACCUGUUUAAAAUCUGACAUGAAUAUAACUUUAUUUGAUUUCAUUUGUUAUAUGAAAGAACCUUGCUUUCACCUACCAAAUUAUUUCAGCCCAUAGAUCAAUUCGAGGAAGGCACUACUGUUUUUUAAUUCAAGUAUUCAAGCGGGGCCACACUCACUGCUACAAAGCCUGGCAUCUUACACUUGCAGCGAGGACACAAUCAAGACUGAGCAGUGUUUUCAGAGUGCCUCCAGUCCCGGUCUUUAUUAUAAUUUCUUUUAUAUAUAAAGUAGUUAUUGAGAACUGUCCUGUAUAUAACAGUAAUGUAGCAAUAAAUGUGCCAUUUUUAAUAACAGAAUUAUACCUUUUUCAAUGUCUGGCUUUUGAAUCUUGUAAACAUGAAAGGAAAAUAAAGGAAAACAUUGUAAUAAAGGGUUUAUUAUA